AUCCCUCCGCCGCCCGCCCCGCUCGGUGUGCGCGCGCGCGCCCGCCCCGCUCGCGCGGCCCUUUUCUCCCUCCGCCGCCCGCAGCAGCAGGAGCCGCCGCCCGCCGCCCCCCACCCCGCCAGGCCUCUGCGCGGGACCCCUCCCUCCGCCGCCUCCGCGGGGCAGGCCCCGUCGUUCUUCCCUUCCCCUCCCUCCCCUCCUCCGGCCCCGGCCCGCCCCGCUUUCCCCCCCCCUCCCCUCCCCUCUCCGCCGGCGCCGGAGCCGCCACGCCGCCGCCAUGGAGCUCAUCACCAUCCUGGAGAAGACGGUCUCACCGGACCGCUCCGAGCUUGAAGCGGCGCAGAAGUUCCUGGAGCAGGCGGCCAUCGAGAACCUGCCGACCUUCCUGGUGGAACUGUCCAGAGUGCUGGCAAACCCCGGCAACAGCCAAGUUGCCCGUGUGGCGGCCGGCUUGCAGAUCAAGAACUCCCUGACGUCCAAGGACCCCGACAUCAAGGCUCAGUACCAACAGAGAUGGCUCGCGAUCGACGCCAACGCCCGCAGGGAAGUCAAGAACUACGUUUUGCAGACGUUGGGGACAGAAACAUACAGGCCCAGCUCAGCCUCUCAGUGCGUGGCCGGCAUCGCAUGCGCGGAGAUCCCCAUGAACCAGUGGCCCGAACUCAUUCCCCAGUUGGUAGCGAACGUUACGAAUCAGCACAGUACGGAGCACAUGAAAGAAUCGACGUUGGAGGCCAUUGGGUACAUCUGUCAGGAUAUCGAUCCAGAGCAGCUUCAGGACAAAUCCAAUGAGAUCCUGACAGCCAUCAUCCAGGGAAUGAGAAAGGAAGAGCCCAGCAACAAUGUGAAGCUAGCAGCUACUAAUGCACUCCUGAACUCUUUGGAAUUCACCAAAGCAAACUUUGACAAAGAGUCUGAAAGGCACUUUAUUAUGCAAGUAGUCUGUGAAGCAACGCAGUGUCCAGACACAAGGGUACGAGUGGCUGCCUUACAGAAUUUGGUGAAGAUAAUGUCCCUUUAUUAUCAGUAUAUGGAGACAUAUAUGGGCCCUGCGCUUUUUGCUAUAACUAUUGAAGCAAUGAAAAGUGACAUAGACGAGGUGGCUCUACAGGGGAUAGAGUUCUGGUCAAACGUCUGCGACGAGGAGAUGGACCUGGCUAUAGAGGCGUCUGAGGCAGCAGAGCAAGGAAGGCCUCCAGAGCACACUAGCAAAUUUUAUGCGAAGGGAGCACUACAGUAUUUGGUCCCGAUUCUAACACAAACGUUAACAAAACAGGAUGAAAAUGAUGACGACGACGACUGGAACCCCUGCAAAGCAGCAGGAGUCUGCCUCAUGCUCCUGGCGACCUGCUGUGAAGAUGACAUUGUUCCUCAUGUGCUGCCCUUUAUUAAAGAACAUAUUAAAAAUCCAGAUUGGCGAUACAGAGAUGCAGCUGUGAUGGCUUUUGGGUGCAUUUUGGAAGGACCAGAGCCUAACCAGCUCAAACCACUAGUCAUACAGGCAAUGCCAACUUUAAUAGAACUAAUGAAGGACCCCAGUGUUGUGGUUCGAGACACGACUGCUUGGACCGUGGGCAGGAUCUGUGAGAUGCUUCCCGAAGCUGCCAUCAAUGACGUUUACCUCGCUCCACUGCUGCAGUGUCUGAUGGAGGGCCUGAGCGCUGAGCCCAGAGUGGCCUCCAACGUGUGCUGGGCCUUCUCUAGUCUUGCUGAAGCUGCCUAUGAAGCUGCAGAUGUAGCUGAUGAUCAGGAAGAACCAGCAACCUACUGCUUAUCCUCUUCGUUUGAGCUAAUAGUUCAGAAACUUCUGGAGACUGCAGAUAGGCCUGAUGGACACCAGAACAACUUGAGGAGUUCUGCAUAUGAAUCUCUGAUGGAAAUAGUGAAAAACAGCGCCAAGGACUGUUACCCUGCUGUGCAGAAGACAACUCUGGUCAUCAUGGAACGACUUCAGCAAGUGCUGCAGAUGGAGUCUCAUAUCCAGAGCACUUCUGAUAGAAUCCAGUUCAAUGAUCUUCAGUCUCUUCUCUGUGCUACUCUACAGAACGUCCUCCGGAAGGUCCAGCACCAGGAUGCUUUGCAGAUCUCCGACGUGGUGAUGGCAUCCCUGCUGAGAAUGUUCCAGAGCACGGCGGGCUCGGGGGGCGUGCAGGAGGAUGCCUUGAUGGCAGUCAGCACCCUGGUAGAAGUCUUAGGUGGAGAGUUUCUGAAGUACAUGGAUGCCUUCAAACCGUUCCUUGGCAUUGGACUGAAGAACUAUGCUGAGUACCAGGUUUGUCUGGCUGCAGUGGGCCUGGUUGGUGACUUAUGCAGAGCCCUGCAAUCCAACAUCUUGCCUUUUUGUGAUGAGGUUAUGCAGCUGCUCUUGGAGAACUUGGGGAAUGAAAACGUCCAUAGGUCUGUGAAGCCGCAGAUUCUCUCGGUGUUUGGCGAUAUUGCCCUUGCCAUUGGAGGAGAAUUUAAGAAGUACCUAGAUGUCGUACUGAACACCCUCCAGCAGGCUUCCCAGGCGCAGGUCGAUAAGUCUGACUAUGACAUGGUGGAUUACCUGAAUGAGUUGAGGGAGGGCUGCCUGGAAGCUUACACUGGCAUCAUCCAAGGACUGAAGGGAGACCAAGAGAACGUGCACCCUGAUGUGAUGCUGGUGCAGCCCAGAGUAGAAUUUAUUCUGUCUUACAUUGACCACAUUGCUGGAGAUGAGGAUCACACUGAUGGAGUAGUGGCAUGUGCUGCUGGACUGAUAGGGGAUUUGUGUACAGCAUUUGGAAAAGAUGUACUGAAAUUAGUAGAAGCUAGACCCAUGAUACAUGAACUGCUAACUGAAGGAAGAAGAUCCAAGACGAACAAAACAAAAACCCUCGCUACCUGGGCGACUAAAGAACUGAGAAAACUGAAGAAUCAAGCUUGAUCUGUUACCAUUGGGAUGACACCUGAGACCCCCACUGGAAAUCUCCAAUCUUUUGAAAAAACCCGGAAGUGAGGAGUGUGCACGGAUGCUGAAUGUUUGGGAAUGAGAGGAUGAGUGAGUGAGGCUUGAAACACACCACAUUGAAAAUCCCGCCACGGCAACAGCAGCAGCGCCGUUAGCGAGCUGAGCACUGACUUGCGUAGAAAACCUGGCAUCGGCCAUCUUCGGGAAGAGGGAACGACCGAUUUCUGUCCACGUAACGAGCAAGUCUCUUCUUCCGACAGACCAGGACUGGCUUCUCUGUCGUGGCCGGCGCAGAAGGGGAACGGCCGGUUCGGAGGAGAGGAAACUGGGUUCAACUGUGGUGCUCUUUGUCUGAGGUCUGGCUUUGGCUGCUGGAGAGAGAUGGAGCCUGGGUCUCCAGCCGCCCGCUGUAACCUUUGCCGCACGAUGCUGUCGGUGCCUGGGAUAAAAGGAAGGGGUGAAGGAUUUUCAGUCUAGGAGUGAGUGUGUGUGAAUGAGGCGGUAUCCACAUUCUCAACUUCAAGUCAUUGCAGUUUAUCUUUUUCCCAAAAAUAAAAGGGUUAGCUGUUGCAUUUCAUAAACUAACCGAAGUUCAGUCUACUGAUGCAGCAUAAGAGAUGUAAAAAAGAGGAAAAAAAAAAAAAAAAAAAGAAAAAAAAAAAAGGAAAGUCGCUCUUUAGGGCUUCUUAUUUUAGGGAAACACUGACGAAUGUUCAGAGCUCCCGUUCCGAGUGACGCUUUUCAUGAUCUCGUUUCAUCGAAGCGCCUUUCCUUCCUUAAUAUUGUUCAACUGUGAAUGUAGAAAUGGAAAAACAAAACUCUCGCGUUAGAGGGAAUAGAAAUAAAUUGUCGAACAUGAUUUCAGGCUUAAAAAAAAAACAAACCAACAAACCAAACACAAUAAAUAACAAACGUUAAAGUGCUCCGAAUUGGCAGUGAGAACGCAAAGGGAAAGAUCUCUCCUGACUUGUACUGUAGCAGCCCGAACACCCACAAAAAAUUGUGCCAAAGAGUUGAAAAACAAAAGAAAACUUCAGGUAAUAUUUUGGAUUGCAAAAUGAGGAUAAAUUCAAUGUUCAAACAAAAAAAAAAAUCUGAUAAAAUGCCAUUUGGAAACUGCUUGGCCUUUUGUGCUCUUUAUUUGAUCAGAUUUAAUGUGGUUAUUGGUCUCUUGCUGCACUUCAAAAACAAAAAAAAGGAAAAAAGAAAUUUAUAUAAAAUAUAUAUAUACUGACUUGAGCUUACACAAGACGGCACUUGUAAAAGGUUAUAUUUUUCCACUGCAGUUGAAGAUUAAUAAAAUGGUGUCAAACAUUCCCCAAUA